AUGCUGGCCGAGUAUCCGCAUCGGAGACAAGAAAUGGCGAGACCUUUAGCGUUAACCGUUUGUGCGACAGACGGUGAAGUGGGCAAGGAGAAAAUCGGGCAAAUCAUUCGAAGAGAUCAGACUUUCGAUCUGACACCCACUUUCUAUGAGCUCAUCUCGCAGCGACAGUUCCAGAAAAGGAAAUGCUUUGCGGAGAAGCGUUCUUUCUCUUGUACAACUGAUGUAUCCGUGGAAACAAUGGCAAUCACAGCCCUUCCCCGCGAAUCGAUUGACAAUUGGUUGAAGGAAAGACUGAAGAAAUGGGUGCAGCUGAGUGGCCAUGAAGGUAGCAUCGUUCCCGCUUCCAGUCACACUCUCUACAAGAAACAGUGCUCGAAUCGGGCUGAGGGAACGGCCUAUGAGGCAAUCUCGAAAGAUCCAAAACUCGUCUGUAUCGGCUUCACCCCACGUUUCUACAAGCAAAUUGAGAAAAAUGAAGAGAGUUUCAUCGAAAUCGAAGACUUACUCGCUCAAUUUGCCGACCCCUCGCACACUGGAAUCAUGGAUAUAAAAGUGGGCACAAGAACCUUUCUUGAGUCGGAAGUGUCAAAUGCGAAGCUCCGCGCUGAUUUGUAUGAUAAAAUGAUCAGCAUCGAUCCCGAUGAGCCAACCGAAGAGGAACACAAAAGGAAAAGUAUCACAAAACUCCGGUACAUGCAAUUCCGCGAGCGUGAGAGCAGCUCGGCCGAGCUCGGCUUUCGGAUUGAAGCGGCAAAGAUGCCGGGUGGCUGUUUGCAGAAGAAUUUCCAAAAAGUUCGCUCUUUCGACGAUAUCGAGGCAACGUUGCGAGCUUUUUUCGGGCCCGAUCUGCGACGAGUGAGAAACGCGAUAUUGGGCAGAUUGAUCAAAAUGAGAGACGCCGUGGAGAACAGCGAUUUCUUUGCUACACAUGAGGUUGUCGGCAGUUCUCUCCUUUUGAUGUAUGAUCAAGAUAAAGUCGGCGUUUGGGCGAUUGAUUUCGCGAAAUCGACAAAAAUCGAGCCGGGUCGUGUGCUGACGCAUCGAAAAACGUGGACUCCCGGGAAUAACGAGGAUGGUUAUUUGAUGGGGCUUGACAAUCUUAUACAGAUCGUGGAGGAUAUACACGUCGAGAAUGGGCAGAAACGA